AUAACUGCAAGAGCUGCUGAACUCGUCACAGUGUGUCAUCCGUCACUCUUCUCUGCCGCUUUUCGUAUUCUAGAUGUAUUCAAAGAUGUUACUUAUUCACUGACAGGAAGCAGAGAUCUUGAUACAUUUAAAUGGAAUUCUGCUUUUUUUUUUCUUCUCAGACACAGAGCGCCACGCUUGUCCGUGGGCCGUGUCUGCUUACUAACUUUAUUGGGACUAAGCUGCAGUACCAGGCAUGACCAUAAAUGUGAUGGGUGGCACCGUAGAGUAUCCACUGAACUCACAAAGGGAUUUGUAUUUACCUUCUUUUUACAGCUGGGUGUAGUGUACACAGAAGGGGGAUUUGUUGAAGGGACUAAUAAGAAAAUUGGCAUAAUCUCUCCGGAUUAUAUCGAUAUCUUCAAGGGGAUUCCAUUCGCUGCUCCCACUAAGGUCCUAGAAAAGCCCGAAAAGCAUCCCGGCUGGACAGGAACCUUGAAAGCCACAGAUUACAAACCGCGCUGUAUGCAGGCGAACCUGCUGCAGAACGAUGUCCGGGGAGAAAUGGACUGUCUGUACCUGAACAUGUGGGUCCCCCAGGCCAAAAAGUCAGUGUCAACAAAGUUACCCGUCAUGGUCUGGAUUUACGGUGGGGGGUAUUUACUCGGAGGCGGACAAGGAGCCAACUUCUUUGACAACUUCCUGUAUGACGGAGAAGAGCUGGCGCUCCGCGGCAAAGUCAUCGUUGUGACCUUCAACUACCGCGUGGGGCCUCUUGGAUUCCUCAGCACUGGAGACGCCAACGCCCCCGGAAACUACGGUCUGUGGGAUCAGCACAUGGCCAUCGCCUGGGUAAAGAGGAACAUCGCUGCCUUCGGAGGAGACCCCGAAAACAUCACCAUCUUUGGGGAGUCGGCUGGAGCCGCCAGUGUUUCCCUGCAGACACUGACUCCUUACAAUGUGGGAAUCAUCAAGCGGGCGAUCAGUCAGAGCGGGGUCGGACUGUGCCCCUGGGCUAUAGAGCGGGAUCCUCUCAUCUGGGCCAAACAGGUGGCUACACGGGUGGGGUGCCCUGUGAAUGACACCGCGUCCCUGGCGAGCUGCCUGAAGCAGACCGAUCCGAAGGCCAUCACCUUGGCUUAUCAACUGGCGCUGAGCAACCUAGAUUACCCCUUGGUUCACUAUUUGGCCUUCUCUCCGGUCAUCGAUGGAGACUUUAUUCCUGAUGAGCCCAGAAACCUUUUUGACAACGCCGCCAAUGUGGACUAUCUGGCCGGAGUCAACAACAUGGACGGCCAUCUUUUUGCUGGCAUUGAUGUACCUGACAUUAACCGACCCCUCCAGAGGGUCACAGCGGAGGAGGUGCACAAGUUGGUGGAAGGGAUGACGCUGGCUAAGGGGGCGUCUGCCCUGGACAUGGCCUAUAACCUGUAUACAGACAGCUGGGGAACCAAUCCUGAUCAGGAGGCCAUAAAGAAAACCGUGGUCGACAUCGAGACCGACUACAUCUUCCUUGUGCCCACACAGGAGGCGCUCGCUCUUCACUACAUGCACGCCAAGAACGCCAAGACAUACAGCUACCUGUUCUCUCACCCCUCACGUAUGCCGGUGUACCCCAGCUGGGUCGGCGCCGAUCAUGCAGAAGACCUCCAGUACAUGUUCGGGAAACCAUUCGUAAACAAGUUGGCCUACAGACCCCAGGACAGGAACGUCGCCGAGGCCAUGAUUGCUUACUGGACCAACUUUGCUGCAACUGGAGAUCCGAGCUCCGGAGACUCUGAGGUCCCCACUCCAUGGUUGGCCUACAACACUAUUUCUGGACAGUACCUGGAAAUCAACAACAAGAUCACAUACAAGUCCAUGAAGCAGGGCCUGCGCUCCCCUUAUGUCAACUUUUGGGUCAGCACCUACCGCAGCCUUCCCAACGUGUAACUAGAGACCCGAACAUUAAAGGGACCCCCCCCCCCCAAUGAUGUCACAGCUACUGAUGAUGUCAUGGCCACUGUACUGAAUUAAAAUA